CCCUAAGGAAAAUUCCCACGCUGAGACCUUCGAUUUCCGUACCCUUCUCUUGCCUUCGAAGUCUCAGAGAGACACGACGGUCUCAUGGCGAUAUAUGAUCUGCUAAAAGGUCAUUGGCUGGUAUUAGUCGUCUUCGCAGUUCUGGUUCUGAGGACAGAUGCCGAACACCAGCAACCAAUCCGCAGGGUGGCCAUCAGUUUCAAGCACCAUGAAAAUCAGAGCUCUGUUAUCAUGUUAUUGAACACGCAAUUCAAGUCGGAAUCUAGCGUCAAGUUGAGGUGACCGGACCAGUACCGAACUUUUGUCAGCCUGUGUCGGGUGUAGCGUGGGCGAAACGCUUUCUCAUCAUUUAGGUACCUCAGAACUCUUGUUUCUUAUCAUGAAAGGGUAUAUAAGCCAUUGUCGGAAAGAGCUCUGUGUUGUCAACGACCUCAGUUCUGCUCACACAACUUACCAUGAAGGAUCUCGUUCGCGACUCGGUUGUUGGUCAAGCAAUCAAUGCGCUCUCUGGAGGUCGUCUGCUAAGUUACGAAGAUCAGAGACCAGACUUUCAGAUUCCUUCUCGCUAUCUUCAUUCUCCUCCACUCUCACAAGUCUCCACCAUCGUCUGUGCAGAAGAGAAGAAGUCAACUUCUUUUUCUUCCCGACCGACUUCAAUACCCCAAGAUGCUUAUACCCCAGGGUCUGGAACCGAUGUGGAAACGCUGACGGACAUGGUCGUCGAUCAAACAGAGAAGGGAGGGGACGGAUACCUGGUGGAUUGGGACGGUCCUGACGAUCAGGACAAUCCGAGGAACUGGUCGACGGUCAAAAAAGGAUUCGUUUCCUUCUCCAUUUCACUCCUCACUUUUUCAGUUUACAUUGGUUCUGCCAUAUUCACAUCCUCUUUCCCUGGUCUGAUGUCCAGCUUCGGAGUGUCGCAAACGAAGGCUGCACUCGGUUUGACGCUAUACGUCCUUGCAUAUGGUAUUGGACCUAUGUUUCUCACACCUCUCCAAGAGCUUCCGUCAUUAGGUCGUAACCCGGUGUAUGUUACUGGCCUUGCUCUAUUUGUUCUGUUCAAUGUGCCCAUCGUCAAGGCGCAAAAUCUGGGAACGGUGCUGGUUUUCCGAUUCUUGACUGGGUUCGUUGGUAGCCCGGCUCUGGCGACUGGGGGUGCGUCUAUGGCUGACAUGUUCGAUGGACCGAAACUCCCAUAUAUGAUGGGUAUAUGGUGUCUUGGAGCUGUCGGCGGUCCUGUCUUGGGUCCCGUAAUCGGCGGAUUUGCUGCACAAGCGAAGGACUGGCGAUGGCCCAUCUAUGAACUGAUGUGGAUAUCGGCUUUCGCUCUUGUUUUCCUUUCUUUUCUAUUACCCGAAACACUCGAAGCCAACAUCCUCCUCAAGCGUGCUAGGCGAUUAAGGAAGCUCACCGGUAACCCUCAUCUUCGUAGUCGAAGUGAGAUUGAGCAAGCAGCGAUGUCAAAGCGGGAGAUUGCGUACGAAUCACUGGUCAGGCCGUUCUUAUUAGCGAAAGAACCAGCAGUGUUGUUCUUAAAUCUUUAUAUCGGUCUUGUUUACUCCGUGUUCUAUCUUUGGUUCGAAGCAUUCCCAAUCGCGUUCAACGAAAUCUAUCACAUGAACCUCGGAGUCGGCAGCCUUCCGUUUACAGCCUUUAUCGUUUCUGGUAGCUUGGCCUACAUAGCAUACUGUCUUUACUUGCGCUAUCAUUUCCAACCUCGGUCUGAUAGGAACCCAGAUUUGGUGGUAGAGGCACGACUCGAAUUUGGAUUGAUGGCUAGCAUCUUUAUUCCCGUUUCACUUCUCGUGUUUGGCUGGACCGCGCGGGAGUCGGUACAUUGGAUUGUACCGGUCAUUGCUGCCGCGUUGUACCUUCCUGGAAUAUUCCUCACUUUCCAAUCCGUGUUGGUAUAUCUUUCCGUGACAUAUUCCAAACAUACUGGAUCUAUAUUGGCGAGUAACGAUUUAUUCCGAUCAUCGAUGGCAAGCGUGUUCCCCUUAUUUGGAGUGACUUUCUUCCGCAACCUGGGAUUGGGUCCUGGAUCCUCGUUAUUGGCUGGCAUCUCAUUAUUGCUCAUGGUCAUAUACUACAUUCUGAUUCGUUACGGUCACGUACUGAGAGCUCGGUCUCGGUAUGCGAACUAGAUAGGUUUCCUUGUGAUGAUUAACGUCUCCGUUACGAUGGCUCAUCAAUUUCAAAAUGUAUUCUUUCAACCUGAAAAGUGAUCCUUUGUAUCUUUAUGUCUCAGUCUUGUUAUCUCAUAGAAUUUAAAGGUAGAACUUGGAAUUUACGAUAUGUAUUUGGUAGCGUUGAUGGAAUGUGAGCCAGAUAGCCUCUUUUGACCGAGGACUACUCUCUCAAACUCAAAAUCAGUCUGCAAUAUGCGGCAGAUCCCUGG